AUGAUAUUUGGAGUUCUGUUUAUCAUUUGCCAGUAUUCAGGGCUGCAGAUUCUUCCUGCUUUUUGUGUAACUUGUCUUUAUCUUUGUUGUUGCAGUACUGAGUACCAAUUUAUUUACUAUUCACCUGAAAACACAGCCAAAGCAAAAGAAGUUCUCAGCAACAUCAAUCAACUACAACCUCUGAUAGCGACCUAUGCAGACCUACUGCUUAAUUCUGCAAGCCAGCAUUCUCCAGACAGCUUGAAGAAUUCUUUAAAGAUGCUUUCAGAAAAAACAGAGCUUUUUGUCCAUGCCUUCAAGGAUCAGCUGGUCAGAAGUGCUCUUUUAGCACUUUACACUGCCAGGCCAGGAUGCAUCCUUAAGAAACAACCCUCUCCUAAGAACAGCACAGAGGAGAGCAGUCCUCAGGACCCACCCCCACCAAUGAGAAGGCAAGAUUCCAUACCACAUCAUUCAGACUACGAUGAGGAAGAGUGGGAUAGGGUGUGGGCCAAUGUGGGGAAGAGCCUGAACUGCGUUAUUGCUAUGGUGGAUAAACUGAUUGAAAGAGAUGGUGGCAGUGGAGGCGGCGGCAGCAGCAGCAAAAAUGGAGAAAAGGACCCUUCUUUAGUGGACUCCAUCAUAACUCAUCCAAGGGAGGACUGGUAUGAACAGUUGUAUCCCCUCAUCCUUACCCUGAAGGACUGCAUGGGAGAAGUGGUGAACCGAGCCAAGCAGUCCCUGACAUUCGUGCUCCUUCAGGAACUUGCGUACAGCUCACCCCAGUGUUUGAUGCUGACUCUGAGAAGAGACAUUGUCUUCAGCCAAGCGCUUGCUGGAUUGGUUUGUGGUUUUAUCAUCAAAUUACACACAAGUUUGCAUGACCCUGGCUUUCUACAGCAGCUUCACACGGUGGGAUUGAUAGUGCAAUAUGAAGGAUUGCUAAGUACAUACAGUGAUGAAAUCGGAAUGCUAGAGGACAUGGCUGUUGGCAUUUCAGAUUUGAAGAAAGUCACAUUUAAAAUAAUUGAAGCCAAAUCCGGUGAUGUCUUGCCAGUUAUUACAGGAAGGCGUGAACAUUAUGUGGUGGAGGUCAAGCUUCCAGCGGGAAUGUUUGAGUCUCUGCCUCUCCAGAUUAGAGAAGGACAAUUGCUUCAUGUGUAUCCUGUACUUUUUAAUGUUGGAAUCAAUGAACAGCAAACUCUUGCUGACAGAUUUGGAGAUGUCUCUUUGCAAGAAAGUAUUAACCAGGAAAAUUUUGAACUUCUAAAAGAAUAUUACACGAUAUUUAUGGAAAAGAUGCCUCCUGAUUACAUUUCACAUUUUCAAGAACAAAAUGAUUUAAAAGGAUUACUAGAAAAUCUCCAUCAAAAUAUCCAAGCCAAAAAAAGAAAGAAUGUAGAAAUCAUGUGGCUGGCUGCAACAAUUUGUCGCAAACUAAAUGGUAUCCGUUUCACCUGUUGUAAAAGUGCCAAAGACCGGACAUCGAUGUCAGUGACGCUAGAACAGUGCUCCAUCUUAAGAGACGAGCACCAGUUGCACAAGGACUUCUUUAUCCGGGCACUGGAUUGCAUGAGAAGAGAAGGAUGCCGCAUAGAGAAUGUCCUGAAGAAUAUCAAAUGCAGAAAGUAUGCUUUCAACAUGCUACAGCUGAUGGCUUUCCCCAAGUACUACAGACCUCCAGAGGGGACUUAUGGAAAAGCCGACACCUAAAUUUACCAACAUGUAAAUAAACAGGAACACAAAUACGCUUCACUUGGAUAAUCUCCACCUUUUUCAUUUUUUUAUUGUUAUGAAUUUGUG